AUGGCCUCUCUGGAUCUGCCAUACCGCUGUCCUCGCUGCGGGGAGCACAAGCGCUUCCGAAGCCUGUCGUCCUUACGUGCCCACCUGGAGUACAACCACACGUACGAGACCCUCUACGUCCUCUCCAAAUCCAACAGUGUGUGUGACGCUGCUGCUCUGCUGCCGCUUGUGGCUGAGGGAGCUCUCCUCGCACCUGCCAACAACAACGACCUGUUUGAGCCGCUGCGGCCUUCAGCUUUAAAGGAGCGCCGGUUUCCUUGUCGUGAGCUUCCUUGUGCGGAUGACUUGAGUCUGACCCCGGCUAACUCCAACACUGCAGCCCGGUAUAUUCCCAAUGUGGAGUUUCCCCAUGGGGAGAUUUUUAUGAAGAAAGCCAUGACAUCUGCAGACCCAGGUCCCCAUGGCAACCCCAGCACUGCUGUAGCAGUGGCAGCUAAUGUAGCGGCUAGUGCAGUGGAGGCAGCCUACGAGGAGGGCCUGGCCAGGCUUAAGGCUCGGGCGUUUGAACGGCUGGAGCUGGAUGAAAGGCUUGAGAAGCUGUCUGAAGAGGUGGAGCAGAAAAUAGCGUCCCGCGUAGGUCGUCUUCAGUCAGAGCUUGAGAGGAAGAGCUCCGAGCUGGAGCGGGCCAAGAUGGAGAGCGAACAGCUGAGCCAGGAGAAACAAGAUCUGGAGGACAAGGCCUCCGAGCUCUCUCGACAGGUGGACGUCUCUGUGGAAAUGCUGGCCAACCUCAAACAGGACCUGGUGAACAAAGAGCAGGAGCUCAACCACAAACAACAGGAAGUCGCCCAGAUUGACCAGUUCCUUCAGGAGACGGCGGCACGUGAAGCCAAUGCCAAAGUGCGGCUGCAGCAGUUCAUCGAGGAGCUGCUGGACCGAGCGGAUCGCGCCGAGAAACAGCUCCAGAUCAUCAGCAGCUGUGGUACCACACCGAACGGCAGCCUGGGACGCUGCAGCCUGCAGGCCUCAAAGGGCAAUGGACGCCAGAGAAACUCCAGCAACUCUGGAAGCACAAGAGGCAUGUACCAAGUGUCCGACCGACGCUCGUCCCCCAGCACAGGAGCAUCAGGGCGGAUUAAGUCCGUCUCACAGGGCUCUGGCGGUUACGACAGUGACAGCGUUGAGAUGCAUCCCAUGGAGGACUGUCCCGAGGCUCAGUGCUAUCACAUGCAGUGCCAGCUGGGUGAGGGUGGUUAUGAGCGCUCCCCUGGAGGUGGAGGUGGAGGAUCGAGGAACUGGGGUCUUCGUAAACAGGCUAUCCAGAACUGGCAACGGCGACCUUACAGGAACAGCACCGAAGGCGAGGAAGGGGACAUGUCUGACGUGGGCUCCCGGACCACCGAAUCUGAGGUGGAGAUGUGGGAACAAGAGAGGAGAACUGUGGCUGAAGUCCAGCAGUCUGCCCCUCCCUAUGCUCACCACGGCAGGGCAGGCUAUCGCCCUAACACAGGUCGGUCUGAUGGGGUCUACAAGCCAUGCCGCCAUGAAAAGAGCCCGUCCAGAUCCAACGAGGUGAUCAGUCCAGAGAUCCUGAAGAUGCGUGCAGCUCUCUUCUGUAUCUUCACCUAUCUGGAUACUAAAACCCUGCUGAGAGCGGCUGAGGUCUGCCGGGACUGGAAGUUUGUGGCUCGUCACCCAGCUGUGUGGACCAGAGUGCUGCUAGAGAACGCUCGCAUUUCUUCCAAGUUUCUGAGCACAAUGUCUCAGUGGUGCACUCAGACACACUCCCUCAUCCUGCAAAACCUCAAACCAAGACAGCGGGGCAAGAAGGAAACCAAGGACGAGUAUGGUAAAAGCACACGUGGCUGUCUGGAAGAAGGUCUGGAGGCGUUGUUAAAGGCCACAGGAAGCAACCUUCUGAUACUGAAGAUUUCACACUGCCCCAACCUGCUGACCGAUCGCUCCCUCUGGCUGGCCAGCUGCUACUGCCGAGCUCUGCAGGCUGUAACCUACAGAAGUGCCACAGAUCCAGUUGGCCAGGAGGUGAUCUGGGCCCUUGGAGCAGGUUGUAGAGACAUCAUAUCCCUACAGGUGGCGCCACUACAUCCAUGUCAACAGCCUGCUCGUUUCAGUAACCGAUGCCUGCAGACAAUUGGAAGAUGCUGGCCACACCUCCGUGCUCUUGGUGUGGGCGGGGCUGGAUGUGGCAUUCAGGGGCUCGCCUCGCUUGCGAGGAACUGCAUGCGACUGCAGGUGCUGGAGUUGGAUCAUGUGAGUGAAAUCAACCAGGAGGUGGCAGCAGAGGUUUGCAGAGAGGGCUUGAAAGGUCUGGAGAUGCUGGUGCUCACUUCCACACCAGUCACCCCCAAAGCCCUGCUCCACUUCAACAGCGUUUGCCGCAACCUGAAGUCUGUCGUGGUUCAGAUUGGUAUAGAAGACUACUUUGAGGACCCCAACAGUCCUGAAGCUAGAAAACUGUUUGAUGAGAUGGUUAACAAGCUUCAGGCUCUGAAAAAGAGACCAGGCUUCUCCAAAAUCCUCCAUGUGAAAGCAGACAGUCUCUGCUAACAUCAUUUGUGCAGAUUCUUCAAGUCUUGGAGAGGCGCCAUCUUGGCUCGGUCAAUCAAAAAGACCCAGCUGUUUUGAGCCCGCUCCACAGGGUUGAAAAAGUCUGCAGCACCGACAGAAACGACAGAAGAUCGCCAUGAUGAACCAGGGCCGAGGCUCAAUGUGCAUACUCCCAUAACUCUUACACUAUUGCACGAGCGUUUUCUCCAAUGUGCCAUUAAUGAGGGAAGAGGGACCAUGGACAGAAAGUUAAGUUAUACAUACUCCAGAUGUAUACAGGUGUUACGGUGUUUAUCAUACUUAACCAUACUAAACAGUGCCAUUCCUAUUCGUAGUGCUCAUCAUGGCUGAGGCCUCCCUUUUCAGCUGACACCAUGUGGCUCCCUCUGCUGGAUUUCCAAGCACUUACACAGCCAACGGCCAGCUGCUGUGAUUUGACACGUUGUACCCUUUGCAGCAAGGAACAUGUAUCACCUUUUACUAUUUUGCAGAACUCAAAACCAAGAGAUCGCCUCCUCAGUAUCAUCUUCAAAUUAGGAAUUUGAUUUGGUGUGAUUCAUGGCUACAAUUUAGUUGAGCCUACGUCGCAGAAAAUCUCAAGAAGUAUGAGUAGCAAUACUGUGGUGGCACUUAGUGUACGCUCCUCUGUGCGGCAGGUAACUUAACACAUCAAGAUCAGUUUAUUAUUCACAAGGAAUAAUACUGUCUUCUGGCUCUGGAGGAAGUCUGAGAAAAUAAUCGUUGGAAUGUUAUCAGGCUGUUUUCGGCUUUGAAAACUACAAAUUUAUAGCACAUAAAGAUGCAUUAAAAGCUGGGGCAUGUAGUCUGAAGAAAUGUGGAAAGAUGCGUUUACAAAUACGGUCUGUAGAAAAUACUAUUAAUGGGAAUUUCUUCAGCUUGACCAAUACUGGGGACCAAAAGUCAGGAUUCUGCCUCUGCUGCGUAGGUUUUUUUCCAUCUCUUAUGAGUCCCCAAACAUUAUGAAAGUGCAAUACUAAAUCACUGGAGCUCUUAUUAGACAUUCACAAUCACUUUGCUUUCGAGAAAACAUGCACACAGUUUUGACAUGGGUUGAAAAAUGAUUCACACAUCUAGUAGAACAUCAUCAGCUUGCAACAUGUUUACCGUUUGAGCUUGCGCACCUCAUUUUUCUCUACAACACGUGUUAACAUUCGUGGGCACGAUGACCGUUUUCCACGAAGGCCGAGCAGGCGUUCGUCACGGGGGCUCUUUUAAAGUCACUGACAAUUAGAGUUGCCAGCUGAUGUUUUGGGGUCUCUGCUUUAUUGUCAAACAUGUUCAUGCGGACUUGUGUAGCUGCAUAUUUUAGUGAUGAUGUUCCAGGUGAAUGUGAGAGAACAGGUGUGGAUGUUCAUUUAUUUUUGUUCUUCCAGUACUGCAUAUUAUUAUCUUAUACUGGUACUGAGUCAUUGGAGAGAAAGGUGUAAAACACAAUAGCGAAAACACAAAGCACUUGUUGAUUUUAAGUUUUAGACAAUCCUGCCGUCGCUAUCAGCUACUCUGUACAUACUGUUUGUAAAAAAAAAAGGAAAAAAAAGUGAAAAAAGGACCGACAUUUGAUGUUAUAUAAUAAUACGGUCUUCGUUCGGUAAGCAUUUUCUCUCCAAAGUUGAAUGAAAGAUAAACAUAGAGAAUUAUAAUAUGUAUAACAGUAGUGUGGAAAUUGCAGUUGUGUAUUAGAUACUUUAUAUUAAAUGUGCAUCAGAGUCAUAUAGAGAUGGAAAUUAUUUAAGAAGAGGAUAAAGAUGAUAAUUCAACUAUUUAUUUCUAUAAAAAAGAGCGAUGUGUAUAAUGUUGGCAUGUUUGUGUUCAAGCAUCAAUCAUUAAGUUGCCUUCUUAACUGUUCUGCUACUGUGACAAGAAAAUUAUUAGAUGUUUAAUGAGCUUUGAUUGCCUGCAGGUUAAUAGCGUUUCUCUUUAUUUGCUCCAGUCUGUUGUUGCACUAGUGAGAAAAAAGAUAUUUCAGAUGUUUAUUAUAAAAGUGUUGUUUUUUAGUGUUCAGCUUUCUCUCAGUAUUUGACAAAAUAUGAUGCACUUUUUUUCCUGAACACAUGUAUCGACCCGUCGAUCUUCGGUUUAGUCGGAAACGUCGCUGGUUUCUGUCAGCGGGAUGCCGGGCGGCGUUUUCUGUUGUGGUGUGAAACCAAGUGAUUUUGGAAACACAGCGAUUACAGAUGAUCUUCUAUCACUGAACAGAUGUACAUUUAGCCUCUUUUCUCUUACUCCAUCUCUCAUAGCUCACUAGUUGGGAAGUUAGAACAGUCAAACUGAUUCAAGUGCUUUUUAGGUUCAUUGCCAGUAUGACCUUAUGUUCACCCUUUGCAUUUGUUACUGUCUUUGUUUUAGUUUUGCAUUAUAAUGCUGAUUUCACGCUCAUACCAACAGUAUUUUGCUUUAUUGUGAAAAUGGACCCGCUGAUGAUGUAACAGAGCCUGCGUGCUCUGAAACUGCAGAUUAGAGGUGCCAGGUACGCCAGAAUCACUUUUUGGCCUAUACCUCUCCAAAUAUAAAGCAGAAUUAUUUGUAAUUUAUUUAUUUAGAUUCAGAAACUGGAGCAUCACUUAUAAACCACGGUGCUUCAACAUUCUCAUGUUUAUUUCAACGUUUCACAUUUCAAAUCAAGUUGAAUUCCUCCUGUUUUGCAGUUCUACGUAUUAUGUAUCAUAAUGUGCAAUUGAAAAACAGUGUCUGAGUGUUCAUGUACCUCUCUGUACAUAUUUUAUGUAUGAGUGAUUGUACUCUGCCCAUUCAUCUGAAUAGUAUUUUAAACAUUACCUCAACACUUAUCUGGGCAAUUAAGUGUGCGUUUUGUCUUUGUAAUUCUUUUCAACUCCGACUGCCAUCGACAGGUACGCCAAUUGACCCAUGAACUUCAUCCAUGUUGCGACAAUGACAAAAUGGAUUCUAUCGCUGAAAAAACUUUCCUAAAAGAUGAUCAGCCUUCUGCGAUGACUGC